GUUCGAUCUAAAGUCUGACUAUAAUUUUCUUCCGCUCGGCGCCCUAUGGCCCAGCGACGACAUAUGUGCUCAUCGAAGCACAACGCUCUCUGCCGAAUCGAGGUGGCGCACAAAACUAGUCGAGACAUGUCGGUCGAAAUGAGACGACGCGCCGUAUGAGUAUGAACUCUAGUGAGACGAUGCGUCGUACUGGAUGAGACGUCACGACGUCUCACGUACCUGAUACGACGAGUAGCAUGAUUUGGGACGAUGUCACUUGAAUUGAGACGACGAUCGGGACGGCGCGUCGCACUGUCGUACUUACUUACUGUUAUGACGCCUCGUCGUCUGAGACGACUCUUCAUAAUCAGAAACGACAUUCUUACGGCACGGGGCGCCGUCGCACGAAUUAAUUUAUCACUUCCACCAUCAUCUCAUUGUGGAAUUGGUUUCAGAUCAUGUCGAAAUUAACCACGUUGGGAGAGUUAGCUGCGCGGCCGUGCCCUUCAGGUGAAGAGGAAGCCUUGGCAGCUGUCGUUGAGGUACUCGACGAAAAUUUCCCUGACAGCUGGCGCUCAUGGGAAGUCCACGACUGUUCAUUGCAGGACCUAUUCGGGGACGACAAGGUUCCCUCGAAGUUGGAGUCCAAACUAAGGUUUGCAAUCCCUUCGAUAGACCUAUGCCGGGCAUUUGACCCAAAUUGCAGCUCAUUAUCCGAAAGAAAAUACAGGCAUAUAAGGGCAAAGAUCUUAAACUGGCCUCUAGGUCGAGCUUUGCUUUACUCGCCACAUUUUAUUGUUCCAAAAGUAUAUGGUUCUGGGAAAUAUUAUUUCGCCUUCAUGGAUACAGUUCGUGAUAUUAAGAAUAAAAUAACUAGCCGCAAAAACGUAUCUUCUGAACUCCAAGAUAGCCAUCAGGAAAAACCUUCAGUUAGCAGCACUCACACCUCUCCGGUAGCUAAUAACAUAAAUGAAUCUGAAUACCGAAUAGGCGAUCACCUGCCCCAAAUUGUGUAGAAAAUUCUGAGCAUCACACGUCAAGAAAAAGGCGACACGAAUCAAUCACAGAAGAUAACAGCGCAUCCACAAAACGCUCUGCUUAUUCCCAUAGCUUCGGAAGCAACGAUCACCUAUUAGUGACUGUGCUUAACCAACAAAUGGAAAUGUUUAAUCGCUUAAUAGACAUACAAAAUAAACAAAGCAAUAAUAUUGACAAAAUCUUAUCUAGCUCUCUACCGAAAAAUAUUCCUAAAACACCUGAUCUUAAUUCAUCUUUUGAAUCCCUUCCUGAUAGUACGCACUCUGAGAUCAACGUAGAACUACCUUUAUAUAAAACGCCCAACGAAACUUGCCUGUCAGAUGAUGACCGUUCCCUAAAGGAAUCCGAACUGCGAUCAAGAAUUUGUGAAGCUCAAAGAGAACUUGCCCUACUGCAAUCAGGACAAAGUGAGGCAUUUGACUUCAACCCUUCUACAACUUCAGCGGAACCCAAGGUAUCAAAAACCGAUCCACUCUUCCUAAAGCAAGGUAUUAACUGCCAACGCUUCGGACAAGAAGGAUGGCGUGACGACAGUUUCAGGCAUCACCGGCGUUCUCUGCCCUCAGAGUCAACAACCUCCUUGCCAACGUAUCACCUCCUUGGAAAUCAACCAGUGUACUUGAAAAAUUCGACCUAACCUUAAGAGCAAUCACUCACGGGCUCCUCCAACAAAGGAAAAUAUUUCAGGAUAUGUUAGAUAAGCUACCUCGUGAGCUGAGAACAAAAGUUGGCAAUGAACUUCUAACCACAGACUCCCAAUUUAAAAAGAAAUCUGACGCUCUUUUACAAUACGUGUGCGGUCGCCGAGCAGAAAUUAUAGAACAAAGAAGAGGCGUUUACAAGGUACAAAGUAAAGCACUUAAUGAAAUUUUACAUAACAUUCCUCUCUCAGAGACGCACCUUUUCUCCGAUGAUGCAUUGACUGAAGCAGUUAAGGCCUGCUCGAAUAACGAUAUUCGAAGGUUUUUUGCCUACUCCAAUCGUACGAAAUCUGCUAAUUUUCGCACAAGAGAAAGAUUUAAAACUACCCGGACGCAAACAACAAAAAAUAAUGACCGCAAUACAAGAGGAUUCAGCGAAGCUGCUCGCAAUGCCUUCAAGCAGACUCGACCAAGAACACAGCCUCAGCCUCAGCUCCGACAACAACAAUUCCAAGCGAAGAGAAACUGGGGAAGCGGCAAAAGAAACGACUUCACAGCGGGACGCCUACACGAAUACUUGCAACGUUGGAAUAUGGCGCCAAAACUAGUCCAACAAUUCAUCCAAGGAAAUUCUCAGCUUCAAAUAUUCAUUGGUUCCGAACCAAAGAGUCACCAGGAAUGCACGAACAAAUUCAAAACCUUUUGAAUUCAAAAUCAAUCGAGAAGAGUCCAUACCAGAGCGGUUUUUUAUCCGAAAUGUUCCUUCGGAAAAAGAAAGACGGGUCGUUCCGACCUAUUCUCAAUUUGAAGGGCCUGAACCGCUACGUUCUGGCACCAAAGUUUCGCCUUCUCAACCAUUUCAAAAUUCCGACGUUUCUAGGCAGCAAGAGUUACAUGAUGAAAUUAGACCUAUCGCAGGCUUAUUUUCAUUUGCCAGUAGCAUCAAGUCAUCGGCGUUACCUGUCCCUCAUGUUCCAAACAUAUAGACACACCUGCG